UUUAUAAUAUCGUAAGAGAUAUUAGAAAAAUAUGGCAGAUACAGGCUACAGUUCAGGCUCCAAAGAUGAGGAAAACGACUCUCCUACAAAAUCAGAAGAAAAAAGAGCUUUUAAAGACCCUUUGAUCAGUGGUCUAGAUAUCACAGAUGAUGCUGAUAUGGAGAGUUUAAGUUUGGAUGCAUCUGGAAAGUCAGACCUCAGUAUUUCCAGAAGUUCUAGUCUAAUAGCCAAUUUGAGUCAUUUUGAAGAUGCAGAGGAUGACACACACGACCUAUUUGUUAAUGUUGAUGACCCAGAAAAGCAUACUGGUACUAUGGAAUCCUAUGUUACAUUUAGAGUUAAUGCUAAAACAACUCGAAGUGAAUAUGAUGACAGUGAAUAUUCAGUAAGAAGACGAUAUAAUGACUUUUUAUGGCUGAGACAGAGACUGGAAGAAACAUACCCAACACAUUUAGUUCCUCCACUUCCUGAGAAGCAUAGUUUGAGAAGAUUGGACCGUUUCAGCCCAGAAUUUCUAAGAGUUAGACAAGCAGCAUUACAGAAAUUUCUGAAACGCAUAGCUGACCAUCCUGUUUUGUCCUUUGAUAAGAGUUUUCAAGUAUUUCUUACAGCAAAAGCAUGGGAAUUCCAAGCAUAUAAGAAACAAGGAACAGGUUUAUUAGGCAGAGUGACAGAUUCAUUACAUAACAUAAGUGCUUCAUACAUGAAUAAGAACAGACCUCCAGAAUUUGUUAUCAUGUAUGACUAUAUACAUGCCUUGUCAGAAAAGAUUAAUGUUAUGGACAGGAUAUGUCAGAGGGUUUCAAAAGAACAAGCAGAGCAUUUAAUAGAACUAAGUGAAUGGGGUCCAAUAUACACACUUUGGUCUAAUUCUGAAGAAGAACUGGUUCCCUCUUUGCUUGCCAUGUCAGAUGCAGUAGACAAAUGUUGUCAGUAUAUGAGGGAAGUGAUUGAUGCAAAUGAUGAUGAUUUUGCCCAACCAUUAAAAGAAUAUAUAUUAUUUACAGAUGCAAUUAAGGCUGUUUUACGAAGACGUGAUGCUAUACAAAUGGAAUUUGAUGCUACUGUUGAUGAGCUCAAUAGAAAAAAAGAUGAAAGGGAACAGUUAAAGAUCUCUGAUCAGACUUAUUCUAUUGGUGCAUUCCUUGGCAAAGAUCCAGAAGAUGUUAAACAACAGAAACAAGACAAAUUAGAACAUAAUAUAGAGGAGCUAACAAAGCAAAUGGAAGAAUUAAAUGAUAAAACCGUAUGUGCAGACACUGAUCUCAGGGCUGAUAUGGAAAGAUGGCAUAAAAAUAAACAAAAAGAUCUCAAGGAAUUAUUUAUGUCUCAAGCUGAUAGACAAAUUAAAUAUUAUGAAAAGUGUUUAAAAUCAUGGGAAGGUGCAAUAAGGAAAAUACAAGCAAAAGAUUUAGAAUAUAUAACUACAGAAGUUCCAGAAGAGCCGACUCAACCAGAUUCCUAGUCACAGUAUCUAGUCAUGCCAUUGUACAUGUUAUUCAUUUCAAGACUUGUGAUAUAAAACAUUACUCAGAAACCAUUGUUGAUAUGAAGUACAAUCAAAUGAAACCUAUCUAGGUGACCAUUAUUAUUGCAUUUAUUCAUUCAAACGCAUCUGUUGUUUUGUUACGCACCUUAUGUAUGUCUUUAUCAAAGCUUUGUUAAACACAGUAAGUCAGAAUGCACUUUCAAUUACUGCAAAUUUGUAAGUGAAUAUAUGAACCUUUCCUACAUUUCUACUUAAAUAGGAAAGUUAUUUUAGAAAUGAUUUAAAACAUGUUAAAUGGAUAAAAAAAAUAUUUAUAUGAUUCUUUCCCAUUAAACAAAUGCAAUUAUAUCUGAAUUAACAGUAAAAGUCAAGGAAUUUUUAGCCUACCUGGCCAAAAGGCCAAGUGAGCUUUUCUCAUCACUUGGCGUCCGUCGUCCGUCGUCGUUAACUUUUACAAAAAUCUUCUCCUCUUAAACUACUGAACCAAUUCAAACCAAACUUCACCUGAUUGAUUCCUAGGGUAUCUAGAAUAAAGUUUGUGUUUUAAUUCCCAUUUCAUUAAAAAACAUAGCCGCCAUGGCUAAAAAAAGUACAUAGGGGUAAAAUGCAGUUUUUGGCUUAUAACUCAAAAACCAAAGCAUUUAGAGCAAAUCUGACAUGGGGUAAAAUUGUUUAUCAGGUCAAGAUCCAUCUGCCCUGAAAUUUUCAGAUGAAUCAGACAACCCAUUGUUGGGUUGCUGCCCCUAAAUUGGUAAUUUUAAGGAAAUUUUGCUGUUUUUGGUUAUUAUCUUGAAUAUUUUUAUGGAUAGAGAUAAACUGUAAACAGCAAUAAUGUUCAGCAAAGUAAGAUUUACAAAUAAGUCAACAGGACCAAAAUGGUCAGUUGACCCCUUUAGGAGUUAUUGCUCUUUAUAGUCAAUUUUUAACCAUUUUUCGUAAAUCUUAGUUAACUUUUACAAAAAUCUUCUCCUCUGAAACUACUGGGCCAAAUUUUACCAAACAUAGCCAGAAUCAUUAUUAGGCUAUCUAGUUUAAAAAUUGUGUUUUGUGACCGGACAAACCAACCAAGAUGGCCGCUACAGCUAAAAACAGAACAUAGGGGGAAAACGCAGUUUUUGCCUUAUAACUCAAAAACCAAAGCAUUUAGAGCAAAUCUGACAAGGUUAAAAUGUUUAUCUUGUCAAGAUCUAUCUGCCCUGAUAAAAUUGGUUGCUGCCCCUAAAUUGGUAAUUUUAAGGAAAUUUUGCUGUUUCGGGUUAUAAUCUUGAAUAUUAUUAUCGAUAGAGAUAAACUGUAAACAGCAAUAAAUUAAUGUACAGCAAUUUAAGACUCAAAAAUAAGUCAAAAUGAUCAAAAUGGUCAAUUGACCCCCUCAGAAGUUAUUGUCCUUUAUAAUCAUUUUUUAACAAUUUUCAUAAAAUUUGUAAAUUUUUACGAACAUUUUCCACUGAAACUACACGGACAAGUUCAUUAUAGAUAGAGAUAAUUGUAAGCAGCAAGAAUGUUCAGUAAAGUAAGAUGUACAAACACAUCACAAUCACCUAAACACAAUUUUGUCAUGAACUGCCUGCUUCCUUUGUUUAAUUUACAUAUACCAAGGUGAGCGACACAGGCUCUUUAGAGCCUCUAGUUUUAUGUUUCAAUGUAACUCUUGGUUACUCUAGUGAAAGAGAAAAUAGUGGCACAUAGAGGUCAUAAUCAAUAUUAAAUUUGUUCCAAAUUUUGUACCUGACAAUAAAACACCAAAAGUGAUCUUUUAAUGAGAGCCUGAAAGUAAACUAAACUUAAAAAUAGUAUGUGUCAUACAAAAUUGAAUUGGAUACAUAAUUUAUUGAUUGAAAAUUUUCACUUGAAGUUUUAUGUAGUUCCAAACUUUGAUACAAAGCCAGAGAUAUUUAUAAAGUUCCAAUUCAGAUUUUGUUAGCAUACCUCAGUAGGAUGGAAAGUUUAUUUUAAUUUUAAAAAGGCAUUUAGAAAUCAAAAUAAUAUAUUAUAUCAAUUUCUUGGAUAUUUGCUAACAUUCCAUUUGUAUGCAAGCCAUCUGAUUUUGUCAGUGGUAAGUGUGUCAAUUUCUGUAUAAAAAUGAUUAAUUGAUGCAGGAAAUGUACCCUUUUUGAUGUCAUAUUGAAUUCAAGGGCAUUUGAUCAUGAUAAGAUACACAAUACUCAAAACAAAUUAAUUACAUUGUAUUGAUGUAAUUCUAUGUGUUUUAUUGGAAUUAAAUAUAAUGCAUUGAUACUAUAUUUAUUGCUAUAAAGUAUGAAAUUUUCAGCAAUGUUUGAAGUUAAAGCUGUAUAUCAAGUGACACAUUUCAUUAUAGUAGUCUAAAAGUAAAUGUCAAAAAUUGUAUGAUUAUUUCUUGAAGGUUGUAAAGGAAUAAUUUAUUUGUUAGUGAUAACUUCUUUUGUGGUUCACAAAAUGUAAUAUUUAUAAAUUUAUACUUUACUUUUUACUCAAAAUUAAGUAAAUAGCUCUGUUGUUUCCUGAACUUCAUGGUAUUUGUAUUGUAUAAAAGAUACAUUAAAUCUCAAAAUAAUGACCCUUGAAUAGAAAAUUAAAUGUUAUAAAUUGAAAUUCUCUAUAUAUCAUGUGUUAUAAAACCAACCAAAAAACUAAGUCAUGACAUAUUCUUGUAUAAUACUUCAAAUAUCAUUCACAUCACAUUCAUUUUCAUGUAUAUGUUACUGUCAUAUGUGUUGCUAUAUCUAAAUGUUAGGGAUAUGUGAGUACAUGUAUGAAUAAUAUCAAAGCUACUAGGUUGUGUUGUCAUUAGAAACUAUUGUUAUUGUAUUCACAUAUCAUACAUAUUUAUACUUUUAUAGCGAAAUGUUAAACAUGCACAUUUAUUUGUUUAAAGUUCCCAUGUGUUAUGCUGGGAACCUGACAUUUUCAUAAGUUAAAUAUAGCAAUAAAUUGUCUUCUUUUAGCUGUGUGAAAACUGGCUUGCCUUCCUUUAUGUGUUACUAUUACCCAAAUAGACACUUAAAGGACAUAUUAAGAUAAAUCUAGUUUGUUUUAAUUUGUCAGCUAUAUUUUCAUUGCAAUUCAAAUACAGUGUAUGUAAUAGUGAUUUUGAUCUGUUUUACCUAUUGCAUCUACAGUGCUUAUAGUCAGUAAAAUGAUGUGAUGCAGAAAAGUGUGUGUAUUUUCUACAUCCCUAGCAUAAGUUUAGUUUCCAAUUUUAUACUGAUACUUACAUUGAUAAGUGUUUUUGUGUAAAGAUUGCAUGAAAUGCAAUCAAAACCCUAUGUUACUGACUUUAUAUUUAAAUCUUCCAAGGCUUAUCACUACCUUUUUGAUACACAAAAUAUAGUGCAUUGAUUGUAACAUUCUUUACAUCCUAUCCAUGAACAUUUUCAGUAAUUAAUCACUGUAAUAUAUGAUCAUAUACUCCAGUCACAAAAUAAUGCUACACCUAUUAAGAAAACUACAUAACUUUUGCAAGGGGCAGGAAUCUAAUAUCUGUUCCAAAAAUAUAAAUGAUAUCAUUAUUAAAGCCAUCUUUAAAAAUUGGAGUUAUCUCCCAUUGUCCAGAAUUGUAGUUGAAUCAACUAUUGCCAACGCUUUAGUAUUAAUUUUACUUCCCACUGAUAAAUUAAAGCAAUCUUUACCAUUCAGUGCUGACUAGCACUUUGAUGAAUCCCUACUCUUGCAGUAUUUUGCUUAAUCUAAGAUCCUGCAUUUUCUUUAGCAAUUUGAUAAAUGCCAGUUAUCUUUUAAUAGAAAGUCUUAAAUUUUCAUUGGUUAGACAGUAUUUCAAAUACAAUGUAUAUAUAAAAGGGCAAAGUGCAAUUGAUUGUGUUACAGUUAUAACUACAUGUUUAGUCCAUUCUGUCUUUUGAAUUAAUAUGUUGAAUGUAAUUCAAGAUUUAAAGUUCUUGUUUAUGAAUGAUCAUUAUAAAAGUUUUAGGCAAUGUUUGACACUGAAUUUAUUUUUUUAUGAAUAUUUUUGUUAUGUUUAUGGGACCAGUUGUUUAAUUUUAUUUAUUUUGUCUGUUUAUGUCUUGUCAUUUUUGUAAUUUUAAUUUAUUUGUUACUUUAUUUAAGACAGAAACAAGCAUGAACACAAGAUUCCAAUAUAGUCCAACAAUGUCUUAUGUAUAUUUUCAGUAUGCUGGCAAGUGACCAAACAAGAAUGCAUUCUAACUACCUAUAUAACAUCACUGAAAAACAAACUAUGAAAUAUAUUUAAAAAUUAAAAAUAACUCCAAAAUAGGGGAGAUAACUCACAAGUAUCCAUUUAUUUACUUCUAUUUUCCAUUUUAAAUUAAAAUGUUUAAUGAGGUUGUAGGUUUGUUGAAAAAGGGUUGACAGGAAUUUUAUGUGAAUGUAUGCAUCUUCCUCCCAUGAAGUCCUUAUAGACAUAAUAUAUUCUGAGAUAUGCAUAUUUAAAAUUAUUAUUUGGUUCAUACAAAUUAUAUAUUCAAUUGGUUAGUAAAAGAAAUGUUGUAAUGUAGCUAUAAAAUAUUUUUCUUCAAACACAAAACAAGACUCUCUUAUCUGACAGAUAUCAUACAUUUUAUGCCUACCAAUUUACAUAUGCAUAAAGUUUUUUGUAGAUUAGUUGGCCUGUAUUAAUUGAUUCUUUCAUAUUGGAGUUAUUUUUAAAGUAACAAGUAAUUUAAGUACAGAUAUAUUACAGCUAGAUUUGUUACUGCAAAAGUUAAAAGGAUUAGUUUCAAAAGUAAUCAACUUUUUUUUUUGUAUGCUAAGUUCCAACUUGAACCCUCAUCAGGUUUUUUGUUCACAUGCUUUCAUUAAAAUCCUGCAUAUUUUUCACAUAAACAUUUAUAAUACUUGUAUGAAAAUAAGAAAUGCCACUUUCCUCAUGUUAUGCUAGUGUCUGCCAAAAUGAAAUUCAAUUUUUAUUUAUUUAUUUUUAUUACUUGCUCACAAAUGUUUAUAUUAUUUAUUUUACACAUGCUAUAAGUAAAUCUAGGUAUUAACAAAAAGUGAUAUUUUUUUUAUACUCAAUCAAAAACAUAUAAAAAGUAGUUCACCUAUAUUGUUUCCAAGCUAAGGUUGUGCAUAAAAAGACAUAUUCCAUCAGAAUUAUGAAUUAUUAUGUGAAAACAGAAAACAAAAAUAUGUAUAUUGAAAUUAAAUGUGAGAAGAUAAUUCUUUUGAACAUUAAAAAAAAAUAUGGGGUCACCAAAUGUUUUCAUUACAUCAUACAUCAUAACAAAUUAUCUUUGUUAUCUCCCCUUUGAAGCAGAAAUUUGAAUUUCUGUGAAUCCAUAACUAUGAGGACUAUGAAGAGAUUAAAAGAACCUGGUAAAAGUUUUCUAAUAAUUAUUCGGGAUAUUCUUUAAAAAAAAAAGCAUAGGAGUUACCCGGGAUAUUUUUUAAAAAAAAACAUAGGAGUUACCCUUAUAGCAAGUCAAGGGUGCUAAAUCCCCCAUAAGGAACUUUUUCAUCACGUUUUCUUAAAAAUUGGUGUAAAGCUUUUAAGUUAACUACCAAUUUAAAUAUUCUUGUGAGUUUGUUUGAAAAAUUAUAUGUGAAUCUUAUUUGUACAUGUAGUCUGAAAACAAGAACCAACUGUUCACCUGUCAAUGAUGUUUGACUUUGAAUAAAUUAUUCAAUAAAAUGUCAGAAUUUGU